GUUCAGAGCUCCUGCUGAAAGGACAGAGAGAGAGAGAGAGAGAGAGAGAGAGAGAGAGAGAGAGAGAGAGAGAGAGAGAGAGAGAUUUAAACGCGCGAGACACACUCUGCGGAUUUACUCACGAGCUGCACGGCAUGAGGGAUUAUACAGUAAACGUGUACAUGGCUGGUGGGUGUUGAUGGCAGGCCGGUAAAGGCCUGAGUGUAAACAGCUGCAGCAGCAGCAGUAUGGCCUCCUUUAACUCUAUGGACAGACACAUCCAGCAGACCAAUGACAGACUGCUCUGCAUUAAACAGCACUUACAGAAUCCGGCCAAUUUCCAGACUGCAGCCUCUGAGCUGCUGGACUGGUGUGGAGAUCAGCGGGCGUUUCAGAGACCCUUCGAGCAAAGCCUUAUGGGAUGUCUAACGGUGGUGAGUCGGGUAUCUACUCAGCGAGGGUUUGAUAUGGAUCUGGGCUACAGGCUGCUGGCUGUUUGUGCUGCAAACAGGGACAAGUUCACCCCCAAAUCAGCAGCUCUUCUGUCUUCCUGGAGUGAGGAGUUGGGUCAGCUGCUCCUGCUGAGGCACCAGAGGAACAGACAGAGUGACCCUACAUCAGGAAAACCCCCCAUACAGCCCAGCAUGACCAGCAUGAAACCAGCACUUAACCACGGUGACGGCUCUUAUCCAUACGACCCUGUUCCGUGGCAGCCGAGCGCCAACCAGGCACCUGGAGCUGUCUCUGUGGUCACUACUGUCUGGGGAGUGACUAACACCACACAGAGUCAUGUGUUGGGGAACCCCAUGGGGAAUCCCAGCCCCCAUAUGAACCCUGUCGGUAACCCAAUGGCCAGUGGCAUGGCUGGUCCUAUGAACCCAGGGGCUUUUCCUGGGCCGCAGCAGCAGUUCUCCAAGGCUGGGGGCAGUGAGGGGUACAUGCAGCAGGGCAUUUAUGGGAGAGCCAGUUACCCCGGUGCUGGAGGAUACGGGGGCAGUUAUGGUGGAGGUCCUAAUGGUAUGACUCCAAGCUCCCGCCCUCAUUCUGAUUUCAGCCAACCAGCUGCUGCUGCUGCCGCUGCUGCUGUUGCUGCUGCAGCUGCCACAGCAACAGCCACUGCCACAGCAACAGUCGCCGCCCUGCAGGAGACUCAGAAUAAAGACAUGAGUCAGUACGGACCGAUGUGCUCUUCAUUCCAAAUGGGGACCCAGCCAUACGGGGACCACUUCAUGAGCCCUGCUGGCCCCCGAGGUCCCUCAGGCAUGCAGGGAGGUAUUGGUAGCCCUCCAAUGGGUAUGGGGCAACCCCGGGGACAGAUGGGACAAAUGGGACCUUAUGGAGGACCUGGACAGAGGAUGGGUUACAGUGGCAACCGUCCACCAAAUGUACCCAUGCAAGGCAUGAAGAGGCCCUACCCUGGAGAGGUCAGUUAUGCGGGGCAGCAAUGUGGACCAAGUGGGCAGUUUCCUCCCCAGCAGGGGCCAUACCCCACACUAAACUCCUCCAGACCCCUCCCGUCCCCUAAUUACCCCAACCAGAGGCUUCCUCAGGGUCAAAACCCCGGGCAGUACCCUCCCAGCGGCCCCGGCAUGGGGCACUUCUAUAAGCAGGAGCCUUUAAACUCUCAAAGCACCGUUAAUAACUUCAGCGGAAACUUCCAGUACAGCCAGGGUAAUAUGAGUGGGCCUCCGAGGCCUAUGGGCAGCUACCCUCACUCGCCAGUGCCCGGUAACCCCACCCCCCCAAUGACUCCUGGAAAUAACAUUCCUCCGUAUCUGUCACCUGGUCACGAUGUUAAACCUCACUUCCCACCGGACAUCAAACCCAGCAUGAGCUCUCUGCCGCCUCCUAGUAGCUGCGGAGAGGAGCUGAGGUUGACCUUCCCAGUGCGUGACGGGGUGGUGCUGGAGCCAUUCAGACUGGAACACAACCUCGCCGUCAGUAACCACAUCUUCCACCUGCGGCCAUCUGUUCACCAAACACUCAUGUGGAGAUCUGACCUAGAGCUGCAGUUUAAGUGUUAUCAUCAUGAGGACCGUCAGAUGAACACUAACUGGCCGGCCUCGGUGCAGGUGAGCGUGAAUGCCACGCCCCUCACCAUCGAAAGAGGAGACAGCAAGACAUGCCAUAAACCCCUGCUCCUCAAACACGUGUGCCAGCCUGGACGAAAUACCAUCCAGAUCACCGUCACAGCCUGCUGCUGCUCUCACCUGUUUGUGCUGCAGCUGGUGCACAGGCCGUCUGUGCGCUCGGUCCUGCAGGGCUUACUGAAGAAACGGCUGCUGCCCGCUGAACACUGCAUCAAUAAAGUGAAGAGGAAUUUCAGCAGUGCAGCUGUCUCUGCUGGGAUAAACUCAGAAGAUGGUGUGGAGCAGACAGCCAUCAGAGUCUCUCUGAAAUGUCCAAUCACAUUCCGGAGGAUUCAGCUACCAGCGCGAGGACACGACUGCAAACACGUACAGUGUUUCGAUUUGGAAUCAUAUCUACAGCUGAACUGCGAGAGAGGAACGUGGAAAUGUCCUGUGUGCAAUAAAACUGCUCUCUUAGAGGGGCUGGAAGUCGACCAGUAUAUGUGGGGUAUUUUGAACGCCGUCCAGAAUUUGGAUUUCGAGGAGGUGACCAUCGAUGCAUCCUGUAGCUGGCGGCCAGUGCCAAUCAAAGCGGAGGGUCAUAUAAAAGAGGAUCCGGACGGGCCGCUGGUUAAACGGCUUAAAAUAAUGAGUCCCAGUCAGAUGGUUCUACCAAACGUCAUGGACAUGAUUGCACAGCUUGGGCCCGGAGCAAACCCACACCCCAUGCAGAACCCCAGCGCCCUCCCUCAGCACAGCAGCAACAGCCACGAGUACCACAGCCGAGGUAACAGUUACCAAGGCCCUGGCAACUUCGACUACCCCCAUGGCAGUGCACCAGAGUUAAUGCAGGGGUCUCAGCUGUCCCACCCACCCCCAGACCCUCCAUGCAGUGGCCUUCUGCCAGCAGAUAAACCACUCACGCACUGCCCCGGCGACAUGGUGUCUCGUCCAAUCAACUCAGAUCAUUCCCAGAAUCCAUUGCAGCACAGUUUACACGGGCCUCCAAACCCCAGCAGCCAAUCAGGGCAGCAUAGUAGUCCCUGCCAGCCUUCGAGGCCACCGCCAAACCAGCAAAACCCCGCCCCCAGUAGCCAUAUGCACCCACCGGACUUGACCUUUAACCCCACAAACAGCCUGGAGGGUCCACCAGGAAUCUCUUCAGACAUGCCGGAACCUUCUUUAGAUCUUCUUCCAGAUUUAACAAACCCAGAUGACCUGCUGACCUUCUUGGACCCACCAGACCUGCCCAGCGGCAGCAGUGAUGAACUGCUUUCACUCUUCGGGAAUAACUGAGUGAAAGAGAAAGAGCGAGAAAGAAAAAACAGUGAUGCACUCCCUGUGCCCUUAUCCUCCUGUACAAACUCCAGGCCUCUGAGCGCCACCUUCAGUGCAGCUAUGCCCAGCUUACUACGUUGCACAGAAGUCUGACUGAUGAAUUUUAGGAAAAGCAUUUUUCUUUUUUUUUUAAUUCUGGGAUUCAUUUUGUUUUUAAUAAGAAACACACAAACACAAAUCCGCCUCUUCUGGCCAGUAUAGGUCCUCCAUUCCCAGUUAUGCUGCUGAAACCAAGCCAACCCAAGCCAAAACCAACACAGGGUUCGUUUCUUCAUCUUUUUCAGACCAGUAGCACUGUUUGGGUCUCCAGGACGUUUCUCGACAAGUUCAAGAGAAGCUCCAGACUCCACCAAAACACUCCACAAGCAGCCUCUCCUCACGUGUCUUAUUUCUGUAAUGAAGAACCUCAGAAUUUAGUGAACAACUACAGGGUUUUAUACACUCAUCAUCUGAGGAAUAGUUGAGUAGAGGUAUCGGAUUGCAGUGCUACAGCAGCUAGUCAGAAGGAAGAUAAAGAUUAGUAGGAACAAAUAGAUAAUUGAACCUUUAGGCUAAUAUGGACAAUAUUUAUUGAGCUACUCAUACAGCAUUGGGUUGUAGAGGUUGUUCAUGAUUUUUUUUUGUGAUAAACAAUCACAAAUGCAAUUCCUGUAAAUUUUGCAGCAGAAAUGGAGUGGCGGGAUAGCACGUCCAAUAGUAGCCUCCCACACAUUUCCAUUUGCGGAUAGCUGGCCAUGGAAUAGCAUCUGUGUCUUCAAGGCAAGUUCUUAAGAAGAUGUUCAGAAAAGGUAGAAAAGGCAGGGCCUCAUGAUGGUUUGUUGUAUUGUCUGUAAAGAAGACCAAAUGUGAUCCUGCAUCGUAGGAAAUUGUACACCAUGCCAAGACACCAGGCCUUUUGAACAUGUGACGCAUGACAGCAGACCGUCAUUGAUCCUGGGGAUGUGCAAGGUGGUUUGCACAAGCUGAUUGUCAAUGAAGACAUUCUGUUUUUGUCUUGGUGGAGGUGAAAAAUGACUUUACACACUGCUUCUGUAUGUGUAGCUUAAUAAAUAUUGCCCUCACCAGACUAAAUUGAUUGUUUCAGGUAACCUUUAUCUUCCUUCCAAAAAGCACCCCAAUCCCACACUGUUAUUUGAUGAAGAACUUACGAUUCCUGUAGACAGGACAGAAGGUCUAACAGCCAGAUCCAGUCGGAGAGCAAAAAAAACAGGAGUAAGAACGACAGUUUGUUUUAAGUAAACUGUAUGUCUAAAUGUUUUUGGACAACCCUACUAAACACAUUUGAAGCACUAUACUGGGGAACCUGCUACCAUGCAAUUUUACAAUAUCAAUUUUUUUUUAUCGUUACAUCGUUUUUAGCAUUAAUUUUAUAUAAUAUCGUAUAGAUCCAUCGUUGGACAAAAUCACUACGUUCAAAUUGGUGUCCAAACAUUCAACUGUUAUAAAUCAUAAAUAAUAAGUUUUGUGUACUGUUUCAUGUAUCAAUGUUUGAGUCAGUACCUAGCAGAUUACUACAAUUCCAAAUACAGGGCAUGGACAAAAUAAUUGAAACGCCACAUCAAAUACUUAUUGAUCAUAUUAUUAGAAACAAAAGCCCUGUCUGAGUCAUUGCAAUGCCGAUAUAAUAUCUGGCCAUGUGGUCAGUGGUCAUGUGGUCUGAAUUGACCAGUAAUGAAUAAGGUAGAGGGGAUUGAUAAACUGUGUAACAGAUGGAGCUUUAAGUAAAUUUUUUUCAGACGUAAAAAAAAACAAAUACAGUUCUUAACGUAGCGGAACCUUCACACAAACUCUGAUGCAUUUUUGCCUUCAGUUCUCUGUAAAUGGGACUAAUCAAACCACAUUUCUCAUGAAUCUCCAUUCUUUUCAAUUUAUUUAUCUUCUUUCCACUCCUUUCCUGCUCUUUAAUUUCUUCUUCCAUGCGAGUGGUGCUCUUCAGCAUGAGAAAAAUUCAUGUGGAACAUGAACUGAUGAUAAUGCUCCUGGACGAACUCUUUAAAACAGCUAGAUACAGUGUCUGUAAUGUUCAUUAUUCCCCAGGCUUUCAGCUCUGCUCUGGAAUAUAUUUAUUUAAACUAGGGUUAUCAAUGCUUAAGCCCAGCCCCUGCCCAACAUGAAGAUUUUUUGUCUGGCUGAAUGACUUAAACAAAAGCUCCAACAUGGACAAAAUUGUGACAGAGAAGACAUCCCCCAGCGUGUGCUGUCCAGCUGUAACACACUGGAUCCAGUCUCAGUUCAAACUUCCAGCUCCGACCCAGAUAGUGAGUUUUGGGGCACUUACUCAUGUAUUAGUUCGUACAUAAACUAUUGCAGCACCAAAACACAUUCAUGGCAUUACUCACAGAAAUAAAAUAAAGGAGCUCGGUCCAGGUGGUUUCCGUGAUACAGCACAGCACAACACAUACUGGUUCUCUACACUAUACACUCCCCAGACCAUUUAAAUGGUCAUCCCCCAUUGUGAGCAUGUGUGCAAUACCAAGCACUUCCUGAGGUUUUUAUAAUCAGCUAAUUAAGUUCUAAAGGCAAACAUUUAGUACAUAAAACUCCACAUGUUCAUUCAUAGUUUUGAUGCCUUCAGUGAGAAUCUACAAUGUAAAUAAUCAUGAAAAUAAAGAAAACGCAUUGAAUGAGAAGGUGUGUCCAAACUUUUGGCCUGUACUGUAUAUCAAUGUUAUAAAUACAAUUUAUAUUCAAUUCUGAGAUACAAUUUAGAUGUUUCUAAUAAUCGUCCAGUUAGUAGAAAUACAGAGUUUAAUGUGGUGUUUCUCUUAUUUUGUCCAGCGCUGUAUGUCCCCAAUGCUAAAAACUGAUCAAAGGGCUUUUAAGUGUGAAUAAAGUUGUUUAAAUUGUUUGGAUUUUAAACUCUAGAAUCUGCUAAAUGUGUUCAGCUCUGUCAGCGGCUGCAGUCCUGUUUCAUGAUGUAUUUUAUGAAUUUUAAACCUGAACUCUCAAAAUGUCAAUAUGUGAAGUUAUAGAAGUCUA